UUUCCUUUCUGAAUCCAUGUUUAUACUUACUCUAAAAUUGGACAAGGUGACUGCAUCUGGAACUGAUUUUCCUUUCUGAAUCCAUGUAUAUACUUGCUCUGAAAUUGAACUGAUUUUCUGAAAACAAAGCAAAUUGUUGACUGCAUCUACAUGUAUAUACUCGCUCUGAAAUCUGUGAAAUUUUUGACUGAUUUUGCUUUGAUGUGGGAUGGAUAUACUCAAUUGUGAUUUGUUGACUGAUUGCUUGAACUAAGAUGGCGGGAACAAAGAGUGAUGCUGCAACUGGAACUGGAACAGAGGGAGGAAAUGUCUUGAAAAGGAAUUCAGAUGAUGUGGGAUGGGAGUAUGGGGUUCUUGUUGACCCGAACAACAAGGACAAGGUGAAGUGCAUACUUUGUGACAAGGUGAUAUUUGGAGGAGUUUAUCGGUUGAAGCAGCAUGUUGCUGGGGAACGAAAGAAUGCGAAGAAAUGCCCGGGCAAGAAGACCACCCCAGAGAAGUUACAGGAGGUUCAAGAAAAGUGUAAGAAAGCACUAGAUUGUGCAAAAAGGAAGAGGGAGGAGAGGACUAUUUGUGAGCUGGAACUUAGAGAGGAUGUUCAUGUGUCUAGGGUGGAGGGUCAGAGGAAAUGGAAGUGACAAGUGUUGGAAGUUCGCAGCCUCACAAAUUAGGCCCCAUGGACAAAUGGACAAAAGCUAUUGAUCCUACAGCAACCAAAUCUGAAUCUUUGUCUCAACAGAAGCUGAACAAGGAACUUUGGAAAGAAAGAUUACCUGAGGUGCAUAAAUAUAUUGCAAGAUGGGCCUUUAACCAUGCAAUACCAUUCAACGCAUGUGACAACGAUGAGUUCAAGCAAAUGUGUGAAGCAAUUGGACAAUUUGGGCCCGGAAUUGAACCUCCAACUAUGUUUGACCUGCGAGGGAAAUUGCUGGAAGAAGAAUAUGCAAGGACCAAGAGUUUGCUGCAAGAAUGUGAAGCCGAGAAGAUGAAGAAUGGGUGCUCUAUUAUGACCAAUGCUUGGUCAGAUAAGAAGAGGAGAAGCAUAAUGAAUGUGUGCACUAACUGUGCUGAUGGAACCAGUUUUAUUUCAUCAAAAGAGAUGUCAGAUGUGUCACACACAAGUGAAGUCAUCUUUGAACUAGUGGACAAAGCAAUCGAAGAUAUUGGUCCGGAUGAUGUAGUGCAAGUUGUGACUGAUAAUGCUUCUAACAACAUGGGAGCAAAGAAGCUACUACAUGAGAAGAGACCACAUAUCUUUUGGACCUCUUGUGCAACUCACAGAAUCAACUUGAUGCUCCAAGGAAUUGGGAACAUGCCUCGGUACAAGAAGGUGAUUGAAUAAACAAAGGCAUUCAAUAUAUUUGUCUAUGGGCACACAAGAACACUAGAGUGCAUGAGAUACUUCACUGAGGGGAAAGAGAUAGUAAGGCCAGGAGUGACUAGGUUUGCUUCAAACUAUCUGACUUUGAACAACAUACAAGAGAAGAAGGACCAGCUAAGAAAAAUGGUGGUUCAUAGUAGGUGGGACUCAUUGAAGGAUGUGAAAUCAAAGAAGGGAAAAAAUGCCACAGCAACUGUAUUGAAUCUAAACUUUUGGAAGGAUGUGAAGUUGACAUUGGCUGUUUUUGAACCAUUGUUCAAAGUUCUCUAUUUGGUUGAUGGAGAUGUGAAGCCAUCCAUGGGUUUUGUACAUGGAGAACUAUUGAAGGCAAAGAGACAGAUCAAAGAGGCCCUUGGCAAUGUUGAGUCCCGUUUCAAGGAUGUUAUUGCUGUUGUUGACAAGAAGAUGGCUGGAAGACUUGAUUCGCCAUUGCAUUUGACUGCUUAUUUGCUGAAUCCACACUAUAGUUAUGCUGACCCAUUAGUCUUUGAUGCUCCCAAAAUAACAGAAGAAUUUAUCAGUUGUGCGGAGACUUUUUAUUAUCAUGAUGAGGAAAUGCAAGAACAAGCUGCCAACUUUGAACUCUAAAAAUUUCAGAAUAGAGAAGGACCAUUUAGCAAGAAGCUUGCAAGUACUUUUGAAAACUUUGAAUAUAAUCCAGGUACAAGUUGUUUGCUGAUUUUACAUGUUUGUUGUGUGGAACUUUGAACUUCCUACUAACUUUGAAAACUUUGAACUUCCUACCAACUAAUAGGAAGUUUUU